AUGUUUGUCGGCAAAUUCGUCUCUGCCAUCAUCUCCCCACCCUCAACAACUGCCACCACGACAAUCACUACGACUAUCACUGUUACUGGAUCUCACAAGGCGGUGUUUACAGCUUCCACAUUCUCGGCCGGAACCAGUGCACAAACUGCAAACGGAGGAGGAGCAGCAACGGGAGGUAGCGGUGGUUACAGAAAAAGUGGCAGCCCUGCUAGGGCAGGCCGGUGGUUCUCACCCACUGUCACUGUCGCGGACUCUGUAGGAGGAGGCGCCGACCAAGGUGAUCAAGGUUUGCGAGAACGCUGCGAUUGUCCGAUUACUAGCUGUCAGAAUACCACCGGAAUCGGACUUCGGACAAUCGAAAAUGUCAGCGACGGCGGUGUAGGGUCUGUGACCACUGGCCGUGUCGGUGGCCUGCUAAGCGCCACCGCCAUGCUCCCUCUUACGGCAACGACUACAACAACCCCCACCAACACUGCGGCAAGUACCUCGGGUGACACUGCUACAGCUGGUUCAGCGACGGCACCGUCGGUAGGGGGUCCGGUAUCGAGUGGUGGGGUAGUUGGACUUGCAGGUCUUGGAGUAGCGGCUGCUGGUGCUACGCGUGGUGUCGAUGGUGGCACCAUUGUGGACAAUUCCCGUGCGGGGAUUGGACCUGUCGACGGAGGAACAACAUCCGGACUUGUGGAUCUUGACCCGUACGCAAUCUGGAACCCGGAAAGGGCCUACGCAGCCCGGGGUAUAUGUCUUGUGAUAUUCGGCACCAUGGGUGUCCUACUAAACGUAUUUAUGAUUAUAGCGAUUGUUCCAAACCGAAGAUUACGGACAGUACGCAAUAUUCUUCUUGUCCAUCUCGGCGUAGUCGGUUUGGUUUCUUCAGUGACCUUAACUCUUACAGCUGCAAUUGUUAUAUUUCACGGUGUAUGGCUUGGAGGACGGGUCGUAUGCCAUGCUUAUGGAUUUAUCCUCUCUGUCUUUACUUUUGUGUCAGUGUGGACGAUCACAGCCCUCAGUUGGGAUAAGUAUCGAACUAUUGCUUCACCUUUACAUCAUUCCUUAACGGCCAGUUUCGGCAAAAUGACCGCUUGUUUUGUUGUUUUUUGGCUAGGAGCCGUUUCCUUUUCCAUCCCCCCACUUUUUGGGGCCAAUCAAUUCGUCUUCGAUAAAGACAUGGCAAUAUGCAUCAUCGAUUUUAGAAAUACACGUGGAAUGUGGUACACGAUUAUUUAUAUUGCAUUGGCUUUCUUUCUACCAUUUAUCUUGAUAACCUAUUGUUACAUGCACAUUUUUCGAAUAGCUCGUAACCAAAGUAGCCGGAUAGCGGCUACUAUGGUACGAAUGGUCAGCGUUAUCCAAGCCCCCAUUUCAUCAGCCCCUCAAACAGCCCUAUCUAUUAAGGGCACAAAAGCCAUAUCGACCAUUUUACAAUUAAUGGGCGCCUUUGCCAUAACUUAUUUACCUUUCUCAGUGAUACUUCUGUUACGGAUGACGUUUGACAUCCCCUUAGAGCGGGUUGCCGUUGUUUUGGUGACAACGCUUUUUCAAGCCGCUCCGCUGACCAACGCGGCUGUGUACGGCGUCAGAAACAAAAUCCUCCGUGCAUCGUUCUAUCGGUACACGCGCCGGAAAGUGCAGGAGUUUUGUUACAGGGAUCGUCGUCGCGGCAGUGUUCGGUCAGUGACCAAGCGGUCAUCUUCUGCUCUUCGACUCUCUCUACUUCAGAAACGUUGCAUUACUUCCGGUGCCAUACUGCCAAACGAAUUUGGCCAGGGUUCAAACCCCGUACCCGGAUUAAGGAGGACACAGUCUUACCCAACUAAAACCUUACCUGAAAUGAAUGAUGGUUCACCUGUUAACGAUGAUGUCGGAGAUGUUUAUAUUUACAGCCUUUAUCUCUUUUCCUCCCUCUUUCCCUUUCUAGCAUUCUCUCUUCCUCAAUAUCUUCUUAGUCUCGUCCUCUCUCUCAUUCCCUCUCUCGUUUUCUUACUACACCUUCCUCUCUAUCUCUCGUUUUCACCAUCAAUUUUCCUACUUCUUCCUCUUUUCGUCUUUUCUCUCUUUCACGCUUUCAUUUCUAAUCCCUCGUUCUAUUUUUCUCCAACUCUUUUUUUAUUUUUGUAUCCAUUUUUUGUUCUCUUCGUCCAUUCUUUUUCUUUUAGCUCUGCCAGUUUCUUGCGUCUCCAAUCUUCUUUCCUUUUCAUCUUUUUCUCCCAUUCUCUCUUUUUUUUUCUACCUACUCACCUCUCCUUCUUUCUUUUCCUGUUGCCUUUCUUAGUAUCUCUUUUCCUCUUCUCUUUUUUCUUCUUCUGUUCUCGUUUUUUAUUCUACUGUCUUUCUUAUUCUUCCUCCCUCGACAAUGCUCUCUGGUUCUCUCCCUCUAUCUCUCUCCCUCUCUCUCUCUUUCUAUCUAUCUAUCUUCCUGUAUUUUCUCUAUUUUCUCUUCUUAUUCUCUAA